GUCAUCCUCAGUCCAGAGUACCAUUUUAAAAAGAACAGCAAGAGGAAAAAAGAAGAAAGGGGGGCAAGAAUGGCAGAAAAUCUCGUUUAUGCUGACUUGAACCUGACUGAACCAACCAAGCCCAGACUACAGAAGGUCGCUGAUGGCCAAGAUUCUACAUACGCGGAAGUGAAAGUGCAGUCACGAGACACAAAUGCUGCAGCUCACUACACAUCACCCGGUAAAAGAUAUUGCUCCAGAACACGUGUCGCUGUAUUGGUUGCUGUGAUAAUCCCCCCACUGGUCUUAGCAGUGUGUCUGAUACUCUUAUACUAUCCAAAUGCAAGCAGCCCACCUGACUCAGAAACAUUCUCCACCACUUAUGAAGAGGCACUAGGCUGCCCCCAACACUGGAAAAAAAAUGGGGGAAAAUGCUACUUCUUUUCUCAAAUGAAGAAAAAAAUUGACUGGAAUGCCUCCCGUAAAGAAUGUACUGACAUGAAUUCAGACCUGGUGAUCAUUGACAGCAAGGAAAAACUGGAUUAUCUCAUUUCACAAUCAGAAAGUCAUUACUACUUACUUGGUCUCACAUACUCUAAGAGCGAGAACAAGUGGAAGUGGUUUAACAACGUGGAACAUAGCACAGACAUGUUUACCAUAGGAGGAGACUUUACUGACUAUUUCUGCAGUGUCAUUGGACAUGGCAAAGUAGAAACCGCACCUUGCAGUGGAUCCUCAACAACACAAAAUAUGUGUGAAAAAGCUGCAGAUAUUUCAAAGAGGCAGAAGGAGAGCUAAAAACAAAAGGAAUGAAAUCGGCCAGGACCUUUUUCUGACUCAGAUGACACAACUCACUUCUCCGCAGCGAAGCUCUCCUUCCAAAGCAGUUUGGCUGCAUGCAAACUAUGCAACCAGAAUAAUCCUUGGCACAUACUAAUCACCAGAUCAUACUUAGCUUUCUGUGGGAGAAUACAAGCAUUUCAGGAUAAAUCUGCGCAAAAGGCAGUGUAACAACUCGACAGCACUGAGUUUUAGAGAAGCCUGCAAGCAAGAGAAUACCUAGAAAGGUUUUGCUGCUAUUCUUAUCUGUGUCCUGGUUUCGGCUGGGAUAGAGCUAUUAUUUUUCCUUCCCUCUCAGCAGCUAGAAUAGUGCUGUGUUUUGGAUUCAGUGUAGGAUUUGAUAUGAGAAGAAUGUUGAUAAUGUACUGAUAUUUUUAGUUGUUGGUAAGAAAUCAAGAACUUUUCAACUUCCCGUGUCCUGCUAGUGCGCAGGUGCACAAGAAGCUGGGAGGGAGCAUAGCCAAAGCAACGGACCCAAACUGGCCGCUGGAAUAUUCCAUGUCAUCUAACAUCAUGCUCAGUAUGCAGAUGAGAGUUGAUCGGGAAGCUUGCUCUCACUUCCAGGGUUGUGAUUUCAGGAUUCUCUGUUCUCUGGGAUUGCUAGCCGGGAACAGGCUGGGCACUGGGCAGUGGGUAGGGAGCAAUCACCUCAUGCGUUACUCAUUUGUAUUUUCUAUUAUUACUAUUGUUAUUAUCAUUAUUAUUUUUAUUUAAUUUUAUUUCAAUUAUUAA